AAUUAGAAGUGGCCAGUCCUUUUGAAUUACAAUACAUGAAAUUUUUUUUAUCAUUUUUCAAAUGACACUCCAUAAUCUAUUAUUAAAUAUCUCCUUCAUAUGAUAUAUAUGACUAAAUGGACAUGCCCCAUCCUAAACAUCUCCUUGCUGCAGGCCCUACAUUGUAGGCGGAAGAGAUUCAUAAUAAGAAGUGCGCAGUCCUUUUCUUUUUAGUUGCAUGCAUUCCUGGCGGUUGUUACUCGGUCAAUACACACUGAAUGAACCAGUUGAACGUUCAUCAAAGCUUCAGAAUCACAAAUAAGCCUGUGAGUGAACCAGGAGUCCUCUGUUUCAGGAACAUGUUUCAAUUUUAAAACUCAUAAUUUGGAUCAAAAGGCAACAGUUUUGUAAUCAUGCAGAUGUCCCUACUCAAGACUAAACACAGGACAGAAUUUUCCACUCAAUAUAAAAUCCCACUUGGGGCGGCAGCGGCCAAAGAUCCAACGCAAAACCCGUGGAAUGGCAGAGCUAGUCAAGGCCCAAAAAUUAGGAUUCCUGUAUGACAUCAACAGGCAAAAACAGCUUUAGUUUCUAUUUUAAACAUGCGGAAUAGAAUAGCCGAAUAAUGUCGCCCACGUGGUUUGGAUCGGGCAGGAUUGUAGGGUCAGCAUAAGUCGGCAAUUCCAAAAACUUUCCAUCAGAAUAAUCGCCAAUUCCUUGCAAUCCUCGUCCAUAAGUCCUUGAAAUUAUUAAAGCUGGAGUCUGGUGCAUAGAUUUCAAUUCACAGGGGGCAAUCCACAAUCAAUUCGCGUUUCAAGGCCAUGGGAUUCGAUGGUGAGUCCCGAUUCAGAGCAGAAAACAGCUUGGCAGAUGAGCUAUAUAACAUUGGGGGAAAAAUCAUGUUGGCGGCCAUUGUUGUUCUGUUCAUGGUGGUGCUCUUCAUUCUGGGCCUGCAUAUCUAUGCCCGCUGCGUUUGGCCUCGGUAUUCUAGAGCGGGUCGGAGUCGAACACGGGGCGGACCGUCUCGCCGCCGUCGACUGGCAUUUGCAGAGAAUGAGGACCCGCAAGGGCUGCAAAGAAAUGGGCUUGAAAUGUCUGUGAUUGAAGCUUUCCCCGUGUUUGUUUACCGAUCAGAGACUCACAAAGAUGAGAUUUUUGAAUGUGCGGUUUGUCUUUGUGAAUUUGGGGAUAACGAGAAGGGAAGAUUGUUGCCCAAAUGUAAUCACAGUUUUCAUAUCGAAUGCAUUGAUAUGUGGUUUGGAUCCAAUUCGACCUGCCCGCUCUGUCGAUCCGAUGCCCGGCCUGAUCCGGUCGAAGCCCAGGAAUGCCCUGUUUUGAUCGGGGAGACUGAAAAUCCGGCGGGUGAAGAACAGGGGCCGGCUGUUUCUGUGACUGAUUCUUCCAGUACUGUUCUGGUCGGUCUUCCAGAUUUUCAAGACAAUGGGUGCUCUGUUUUAAGGUCGGAUUCGAAUUUGGUCGAAGAAUCUUCUUCUCCCAAAUCAAUUGUAGUGGACAUUGAGUCUAGAAGAGCUGAUGUCGUUUCUUCUCCGAGGUCAUUCAUGGCGGAUAAUCAGCAGUUCGUUACUCCACGCAUAGAUUCCUCUCUUAAGUCCCCUGCUUCUCGGUUACAAUCGUUAAGGAAGAUUUUGGGUAUGUCGGUUUUGCAGAGUCCGGAUGGGAGUUCUCACAUUGAGCAGGGCGGUCCGGCCAAGGUCUGAUAAUGGCGGAAAUUCAAGGUCUGGUCAGCUUGUUCUUAAAUUCAUAGAAACCCAAACUGUGUAAUGAAGAGGAGGGUCAAAGAAUCAAUAGAGGCCGCCAUUGUUGUCUGAACAUUUUGAGUUCGGAAUCAAAUUUGAGGCAAUGUGGAACGCUUGGCAGAAGAAGAUCCGUGGCGAAUUGAAUAACUUAAACUUUGCUCCAAUCGCAUCGGCAAAGAUGUAAUGUAUGAUAUGAUGAAGAUUUUCUGUAGCUUCAGCUCAGUGUGCGAAUGCAUAUAAUUCUGUACGAUAGUGUAAAACUAGACAGAGACAAAUUAUCAGGCGAUAUGGUAGGUAGAGAUGUUCAAAUGAUGUUUUGGAAGGUAGAGAUGUUCAAAUGAUGUUUUGGAUUACUAUUGA